AUGUCCGCCAUCAUCCGUCGUACACUCAUCACCCGUCUCCCAACCUCCACAAUCACAAGACCCCUCUCCACCUCCAUUAUCCGUCAAAAGACAGUAACAGAGACUGUUAAGGACACAAUCGACUCUGUCGACAAAAAGAGCGGGAAAAUCCUGGCAGCAGGCAUCGAGGGAGCCGAAAACGCCACUCACACCGUCAAAGAGAAAGUCAGCGAUGUAGUCGGCGCAGCACGAAAAAACACACCAACAGCCGAAGAAGCUAAGGGUGCUGUUAAGGGCAAAGCCAGCGAAGCUCAGGGGAAAGCAAGUGAAGUUGCUGGUGAAGCGAAGGGAAAGGCUAAUGAGAUCAGUGGAAAAGCAAAAGGAGCAUUUGAGGAGGCGAAGGGGAAGGUCAAUGCCACUGAAUACUAA